CUGCUUUUAACCCUUUCCUGCAUAAUGUUGUUGCUCAACAACAAUCUUUGGAAAAGUUGCUGUCGCUGCGCAGGAGACUAGAUUUGUCUGAAAACCAUGUGGUCUGAUUUGCCACAGGUAGUCUAUAUGAAAAGUUAAUAAAACCUUUAUUCUGGCGUUUUACAUGAAGUAUUGGUUUAGUUGAAGUUUUGGCCUAAACUGAUUUCAGAAGGUGUCAACAGCCCAGGUUACAAACAGUCUCUGUACUAAGAUAAACAAGGUUCAAUUUGCAAGAUGGCAAAGAGCAUACCAACCACUUCGUUUUAUGGAAGCAGGAGAACAACAAUUCGAAUAACGAAUCAUGGGGUUGAGGAAAAAGAAGCAAAUUUGGGAAUUAUUGUCCCUGAUGCUUUUAACAGUGAUAUAGAAGAUGAAGAGAGUGAUGAAAAUGAGAACAAUGAUGUCAUUAUCAGAGGAGACAUGAAUAUCAGUAAUGAUGAUGAUGGUGAAGACAGUGAUGAUUGUGAUGAUUAUCAUUAUGAUGUUAAUGAACAUGGAGAGAACAAUGUUUUCAGCUUCCCAGAGAACCCAGUUCCUGAUAUUGUAGUCAAUACCACACCAGAAGGCACAUCAGUUACCAGAAAAUCAGCUACAAAAAGCAAAGCAACCAUGAAAAUCCCAAUGCCAAGAUGGCGCAAGAGGGAAGCUGCCGUGGUUAACAGUGUGUUCUGUGGAGAACCUCUACCAAGUCCACCCAAUGAAGUUUUGACACCAAUAGAAUACUUCAAAAACUUUUUUGAUGAUCAGCUGAUAGGUCACAUAUCUGAGCAGACAAACCUGUACUCUGUGCAAAAAAAUGGACGUCAGUUGCUACAACAGCUGAUGAGAUAGAGCAAUAUAUUGGUAUACUUCUGCUUAUGGGUAUUUACAAAAUCCCUCAGUAUAGAAUGUACUGGUCAAGAGAACUGAACAUUUCCAGCAUUUCAGAAACAAUGCCUGUAAACCGCUUUGACAAAAUCAAAAGCUUUUUUCAUUGCAAUGACAACUCAAAAAAUGUGCAGAGAAGUCACCCAGAGUUUGACAAACUCUUCAAAGUAAGGCCAGUGAUAGAUUCUGUUCAAAAUAAAUGUAGGAAGGUUCCACAAGAGGAAAAGCACUCUAUUGAUGAACAGAUCAUUCCUACAAAGGGCAGGUCUCCAAUAAGGCAGUAUAUUCCCAACAAGCCACAUAAAUGGGGAAUAAAGGUUUGGGCACGCUGUGGAGUCAGUGGCAUUGUUUAUGAUUUUGAUGUUUACACUGGUGCUUCUCCAAAUGGGAAUCUAGAUGAGUCAUUGCAAAAUUUUGGCGUUGGUGGUAAUGUGGUGGCUCGCCUAUCAUCAACGCUGCAAAGAAAUGUUGGCUACAAGCUUUAUUUUGAUAAUUACUUCUCUUCCGUCGCACUGAUGCAGUAUCUUCAAAAGGAAAGGAUCUGGGCUGUAGCAACAAUACGGCAGACAGACUGAAAGGUGCAGAGAAAGUCCUAGAAGACAAAAAAAGCUUGAGCAAGAAGGGAAGAGGGUCCAGUGACUGGUGUGUUGAUGCCAACAGUAAUGUUGUGAUUGUUCGUUGGAUGGACAAUGGAGUUGUUCAAUUAAUUUCAAAUUACAUUGGCAAAGAUGAUGGUUCCAAGGCUCAAAGGUGGUCAGCUAGAGAAAAGAAGUUUAUAACUAUAUCUCGACCUCUGAUGGUUGAAGAGUAUAACUUGC